CAUUUCCCUUUUUUUUUUCCUUUUAUUUUCUUUCCACUUUUCCUUUUGCCCCUUUCUGCCCUUCUUCCUUCAUGUGAACAUGAUUGAUGCUGAUGCAACUUCAUAACAUUUACACUUUUAUUGACAUCUCUCACUGCGAAAGAAAUUCGUUGUUUGGUUCCUCGGAAAAUUUAUAAAACCUCUCUCUCUCUUUCUCUAUUAGCUCGUUACUCUAAGUAGUCCCAGAUCUUCCCAACAAUUGCUCCUCUUGGCUUUAUAUGAUUGAUUCUACAUGGCAAAACCAGGUUCAGCUGAUAGUAGGACUAGAAGCUCUGUGCAGAUCUUUAUAGUAGUUGGUCUAUGCUGUUUCUUCUACAUAUUGGGUGCAUGGCAGAGAAGUGGUUUUGGAAAGGGAGAUAGCAUAGCAUUGGAGAUUACCAAGAAAGGCGCAGACUGUAAUAUAGUUCCUAAUUUAAGUUUUGACUCUCACCAUGGUGGAGAAGUUAGUAAAAUUGACGAGUUUGAGUCAAAACCCAAGGUUUUUAAAUCUUGCGAUGCUCGUUAUACUGAUUACACUCCCUGCCAAGAUCAACGGCGUGCCAUGACCUUUCCUAGAGAAAACAUGAACUAUCGAGAGAGGCACUGCCCCCCUGAGGAAGAGAAGUUACACUGUUUGAUCCCAGCACCAAAGGGGUAUGUAACUCCGUUUCCAUGGCCAAAGAGCCGUGAUUAUGUUCCAUAUGCAAAUGCACCCUACAAGAGCCUAACAGUCGAGAAGGCCAUUCAGAACUGGAUCCAAUAUGAGGGAAAUGUGUUUAGAUUCCCUGGUGGUGGAACUCAGUUUCCUCAAGGUGCAGAUAAAUAUAUUGACCAACUCGCUUCUGUGAUACCUAUUAAAGAUGGGACGGUUAGGACAGCACUUGACACUGGUUGUGGGGUUGCCAGUUGGGGCGCAUAUCUCUGGAGCAGAAAUGUUAUUGCCAUGUCGUUUGCACCAAGGGACUCUCACGAAGCACAAGUACAGUUUGCUCUUGAAAGGGGUGUACCUGCUGUCAUUGGUGUUCUGGGAACCAUAAAAUUGCCUUAUCCAUCUGCAGCCUUUGACAUGGCACAUUGCUCUCGCUGCUUGAUUCCUUGGGGAGCAAAUGAUGGAAUGUAUAUGAUGGAAGUUGACCGAGUUCUAAGGCCUGGUGGUUAUUGGGUACUUUCGGGGCCUCCAAUCAAUUGGAAGGUUAAUUACAAAGCCUGGCAAAGACCUAAGGAAGAGCUGGAAGAAGAACAGAGAAAGAUUGAAGAGAUUGCUAAGCUCCUUUGCUGGGAGAAGAAGUCUGAGAAGUCUGAAAUUGCCAUUUGGCAAAAAACUGUAGAUUCUGAAUCAUGUCGGAACAGACAAGAAGAUUCCAGUGUAAAAUUCUGUGAAGUGACAGAUGUUGAUGAUGUCUGGUAUAAGAAAAUGGAGGUCUGCAUUACCCCGAGUCCUAAAGUUUCUGGUGAUCUUAAGCCAUUUCCAGAUAGGCUGUAUGCCAUCCCCCCUAGAAUUGCUAGUGGCUCUGUUCCUGGAGUUUCGGAUGAGACAUACCAAGAUGAUAACAAGAAGUGGAAAAAACAUGUAAAUGCUUAUAAGAAAAUUAAUAGGCUCCUAGACUCUGGAAGGUAUCGCAACAUUAUGGAUAUGAAUGCUGGAUUGGGCAGUUUUGGAGCAGCUAUUCAAUCAUCUAAAUUAUGGGUCAUGAAUGUUGUGCCUACUAUAGCGGAGAAAAGUACACUGGGUGUCAUAUAUGAACGAGGACUUAUUGGUAUCUAUCAUGAUUGGUGUGAAGCUUUCUCCACAUACCCAAGGACGUACGAUCUCAUUCAUAGCCAUGGUCUCUUCAGUCUGUACAAGGAUAAAUGUAAUAUAGAAGACAUUCUUCUGGAGAUGGACCGGAUUUUACGACCAGAAGGUGCUGUAAUAUUCCGCGAUGAAGUGGAUGUCUUAAUUAAGGUAAAGAAAAUAGUUGGAGGAAUGAGAUGGGAUACUAAAAUGGUUGAUCAUGAGGAUGGUCCACUUGUUCCUGAGAAGAUCCUAAUUGCUGUCAAGCAGUAUUGGGUUGUUGGUUCAAAUGCCACAUCAACACAAUAAUCACUGAACACCAAGUUGAAAGACAACUACUGAACUGCUCCCUGAUUCGGCUGUCCUAAGUUCUUUUAUUGUCCAAGAAGGAUGUGGGAUUAAGUGUGUUCGGAUAAGCACGCAAACUUGACUUUGAAUUAAUUUAAUUUUGUAGAAUUAGUUUUGUUUUAAAAAUGAAUUUAAAAUGAUAUGAUUUGUUUGAGAAGUUUAAUCUUAAAAUUUAGUUCC